CAUUUAGCUACCAACAGUUGAAAUUUUGUUAACAAAGUGUUGGUCUUCUAAUUGGUGUAAGCUUAAGUUUGUGUAAGUUAAUAAGAUGUCAUUUUCGGAAUUUCACCAACAUUUCCGCUAAAACUUUUCAAUUUUUCUUCAAUUAAGUGCCGGAUUCUGUUGGUGCUGGUCGACUCAAUGAAUUAAAAAUUUCGAGAAAAAUGGAUUCGUUUGACGUGCACAAUAAUUAUCUACAAAGUUGCUGGGACGCACUGAAAUGUGGAAAAUAUGUGAUGGAUUCUGAUAACGAGCAGGAAAAUGAAACGGUAAUAUAUCCGUGCGUGACAACAACAAUGGAUGAAAGCGAGACUGGUCCAAUCGAAAAUGAGCGAGAAAUGCCGCUACCUAAACGGCAAUGCCGUCUUCAUCGCAGUGAACAGUUUGGAAUAGAUUUUGUGGAUAAUACGGGCGGUGGAUCAACCAUUGAUUCUCGAAAUGUGUCGACACUUGAUGUGCAACUUUAUCAAGGAUUCGGCAGUCAUGUGCAAAUGGAUGUUGAACAAGGAGAUGGAGAUACAAACGGAGACUCGCUUCGAGCAAUUGUCUUGAAAAUUCGAGACGACGUUGAAAAUUUGGCAAAAUCCAUUCAAGCUCAGGAAUCUGAGCGAGCUCACGUCAUGGUAAUUAAUCAAAAAGAUACUGAACUUGCUCGUAUCAAUGAAUCACACAACGAAUUGGAAGAAACGAACAAAAAAUUACUCACCAAUCUCGUUAACCUGGAAAAGGAAAUCGAUAGCUACAAGGAAAUAAUCGCGUCAUUGAAAUUCGAAAACGACACCAAAACUCAGCUCAAUGACAAAAUCAAGCUUGAACUGGCUGCUAAUACUGAAUUGAAUGGACGAUUAAAGACCGAUGUUGAGCUUUUGCUCAAAUCUUUAACCGAAGCAAAAAUAGAGGCCGAGUCACACAGAAAGGCUACCGACGAGCUCGCAUUGCUGAAAGCUAAAAAUGACCAAACUGCUGCAGAGCUGCUUUCCGAAAAGGCAGCAAGUUUCAAGUUGAAUGCAAACAUGAAAGUUGAAGCGGAAUGGCUGCGAAAAAAGCUGUACGAAGCAGAAAAGGUGAUCCAGUCGAACGAAGCAUUCAAAGCGAAAAGUGCUGCCAUCGUUGCUGAACUCAAUUCUGAAAUUGAAUAUAUGGCGAAAGUUAACUCCGAAUCGGCGGUGAAAAAUGUACAGUUGGCUCGCGAGAUAAAUUUCUUAAAACAGCACGACAAGCAAACUAACGUGGAUGCCUUUAGUCGGGAUGAAGAGUACUUUCGUAAACCAAGGACCGAAACCACGACUGAAAUGGAAUCGAAUCGUGACGACCCGACUAAGUUUGAUCCAACUAAAUCUGAGUUCAUUGGCAGUGACAGAAAAGACGACGAAGAAGAAUUUGAAACGGAUGAUGCAUUUGUGAAGGAGUGUCGUCCGAAGCUGCUAAAAUUGAAAUUUGGGUGGAUGAAGUUCUCGAACAAGAAGAAUGCCAAAUUCUACGCUGGCUUCGUCUACCCUCCAGACGAAAAUGGAAAUAACCGCGCUCUCAAGAUCAUCAGUUCUGGGUACCCUGACCUAAAGCCAAGCGAAUAUUUUAACUUCAACGAAAAUCUAUCUGAAUUUGAAAAAAGACCUGCGGAAAAAACGGCACUGAAAAAAUUUAAUUUGAAAUUUAAAUUUAAUUUAAAUUAA